AAAACCAGGAAAUCAGGCUCGGUUAACUGCAAUGUGGCUACCCUUUCUCUGCCCAGCUAUUCAGCUCAGUGAAAGCGGGAGCGAUUCCGACGUGGAGUCCAGUGCCGUGAGACCCAAGCAGCCUCACGUUCUUCAGGAGAACACGCGAAUGGGCAUGGAUAACGAAGAGAGCAUGAUGUCCUACGAGGGAACUGGAGGAGAGACAUCGCAUGCCCUGGAAGACAGCAAUGCCAGUUACGGUAGCUACGAGGAACCAGACCCCAAAUCCAACACCCGAGAUACUAGCUUCAGCAGCAUUGGGGGUUAUGAGGUCUCGGAAGAGGAAGAGGAAGAAGAGGAGGACCAGAGGCGUGGCCCUAGUGUGUUAAGUCAGGUUCAUCUGUCGGAGGAUGAGGAAGAUAGUGAAGACUUCCAUUCCAUCGCAGGAGACAGUGACCUGGAUUCAGAUGAAUGAGCCCCUUUCCUGGGGGAUUGAUAAAUUUGCACCCCGGACUCAAAUGUAAAGAUUUUUUUGUUUGCAUCCAGAUGUGUCUCCUGCUAAACUGGAGACACCUGUUUUGGUCCUUUUUUUUAU